AUUUCACCUAAUUUAUCAAUCUCUCUAGCAUUAAUUAAUUAACUAUUAUUCUAGGGUUCUUCGCCACUUAUAAAUUAUUAAUUUGAUAUUAUCUUUGGAAUCAAGCACAUUUUAGCCAUAUUCGAGCUCAUACAGUGCAAUUGAAAGUUUCUGUCGGGAGUUAAUCUAUUACUGGGAAAUAUGGGUGUGGAUGAAGAUUCUGAGCAAGAAUUCAAAUCGCAGAAGAAAAAACCAGCUUCUGAUGAUGAUAAAAGGAAAAAGAAAAUUACACCUGGAAGUUUGAUGAAAGCUCUGAUGAGGCCUGGGAGCGGGGAAAAAACACCUAGCGAUGGUGAUCAGGUUAUGUAUCACUGUACUAUUCGAACACUGGAUGGAGUGGUUGUGGAGUCAACAAGAGCAGAAUUAGGAGGCAAUGGUACCCCGAUAAGACAGGUUUUGGGUAAAAGCAAGAUGAUAUUGGGAUUGUUAGAAGGCUUUCCUACAAUGUUCAGUGGUGAAGUUGCAAUGUUCAAGAUGAAACCCGAGCUGCAUUAUGGUGAGGAAAAUUGCCCUGUUACAGUUGCGGAUGGCUUUCCAAAGGAUGAUGAACUUCAUUUUGAGAUUGAGUUGAUUGAAUUCUCUAAAGUCAAGGUUAUUAGUGAAGAUUUAGGCGUCUUAAAGAAGGUCACAGUAGAAGGACAAGGUUGGGAAACACCUAGAGAACCAUACGAAGUUAAAGUUUGGAUUUUGGCAAAGUCGGGUGAUGGAAAAUUGAUUGUGUCACAUACUCAAGGAGAACCCUUUUUCUUUACUUUUGGAAAGUCUGAGGUACCUGAAGGUCUUGAGAUGGGAAUGGGAACAAUGUCAAGAGGAGAAAAGGCGGUAAUUUAUGUUACUAAUAAGUAUUUGACUCAGUGCCCUCUGAUCCCCACAGUAGAAAGUAUUGAAGAAGUCCAUUUUGAGGUGGAGCUGGUACAUUUUGUUCAGGUGCGGGAUGUGCUUGGAGAUGGACGACUAAUAAAACGCCGGAUUCAUGAUGGAAGAGGUGAAUUUCCUAUGGAUUGCCCACUUCGUGACAGUCUCCUACAUGUCCAUUACAAGGGGAUGCUUCUCAAUGCAGAAAAGACUGUAUUCUACGAUACAAAAGUUGAUAACAAUGGUCAGCCUUUGGAGUUCAGAUCAGGGGAAGGGCUUGUGCCUGAAGGGUUUGAAAUGUGCACCCGACUGAUGUUGCCUGGAGAGAUAGCUCUUGUUACAUGCCCUCCUGAUUAUGCUUACGACAAAUUUCCUAGGCCAGCUAAUGUUCCUCAAGGUGCUGAUAUCCAGUGGGAGAUUGAGCUUCUUGAUUAUGAGAAGCAAAAGGAUUGGACUGGUUUCAACUUUAGAGAAAUAAUGGAGGACGUCGAGAAGAUUAAAGGCACGGGUAACAGGCUAUUCAAAGAAGGCAAAUAUGAACUUGCAAAGGCAAAAUAUGAGCACGUACUUCGUGAAUUUAAUCAUGUCAAUCCUCAAGAUGAUGAUGAGGGAAAAGAAUUUUCCAAUACAAGAAAUUUGUUGCAUCUGAACGUGGCUGCCUGCUUUCUGAAAAUGGGAGAACCAAGGAAGUCAAUUGAAGCAUGCAAUAAGGUGUUGGAUGCAAAUCCUGUUCAUGUAAAAGCGCUCUACCGCCGUGGAAUGGCAUACAUGUCUGCUGGAGAUUUUGAAGAAGCUAGAGAGGAUUUCAAUAAGAUGAUGACCAUUGAUAAAUCUUCCGAGUCAACUGCAAAAGCGGCUCUUGUUAGCCUCAAUAAAGAGGAGCAGGAACUCCACAAAAGGGCUCGGAAGCAAUUUAAGGGACUGUUCGACAAGAAGCCUGGAGAGAUUGCAGAGGCUGGAGUGAGCGAUACAGGAGAUCAAGUUCUUGACGAAUCCCACGAGAUUGAUGAUGGGGAUGAUUUAGAUAGUAACGGAAAUCCAGCUACUGCUCGAAUUCAUUUGCAGAGUAACAAGGAGAAUGUUCCUCAGGCUAAUGCUCAAACUCGUAUGGGUUUUUUGUCCGGUUUUUGGCCUAGUGGCAGAAGAUUUUUCACAGCCCUUGGAUUAGACAGAUGUACCAUUUUGUGAGUUAUAGUAUCUUAGAUUCUUCUCAUGCGAGCCAAACGAACUUGGAUUUAACUUUCAAGGAAAAUCACUUGUACCAAUUAAAUAAUGUAUGCCAUUACAAAAGGGCAAGACAAAGUGAGGCGAUCGUAAGAGCAGAAAUUACUUGGUUUCUUGAAUGAAAUUGGAGGAAUUUCCUUCUGUUUUACUUA